GAAUCUCGUGAGCUUGAAAGGCAAGGAAUGGGCCAUAUUGGCGCAUAACAAAACAGGAGUCAGGAGGGCACUACUGGAGGGGAGCUGACCAUGGAACCAUGGGCGUGAGGAAUGGUAGGGCUCUCCAUGAGCUCUCACGUGAGCAGCUUUUUGUCGGUUUGUAAAAGCAAGCGCUGCACCACCAGUCUCCAUUGAGCGUCCUAGCUCUCCCGAAUCCAGCUGGGCUAACAAAAUGUCGUUUCAGGCCAUCAGCAAUCAAUGCACAUCAGUGGCCCAUGUGGUGCCACGAGCAAGCACAAUGGUGGAUACCUGUACGGCCGAUCUGUCACGUUUAGAAUUCUCUUGCCACAACAGAAACAAGUGGCCAGCCAGAAAUAGUCGUCGGCUAGCUGGCAAUCUUGGCUCAGCGAUGGGCAAUUGUCCCCCAGUCUGUGUUUUCAACCGGUUGACGAGUUGCCAUAAAAGGGGGCAACAUGUUGGGUUGAUUCAUUGUUGGCCAAAGCCCCUCGCAUCAUGGCAGCCCCCACAUCAAGUUUCUCAUUGGGCCGGAAACCAAAUGUGGGCUCGCCCAGUGUUCUUCAGAAGUAGUAAUGUGUCGGUCCAUGCUGGAGCACCAGGGGAAACCGUGCAGGUUGACCCAGCAUCCUUGGACGCUUUCCUGGCCAGCUUACCCUCCGAAUUGGCCAAGAAGGUGUACACAGUGGCACUCCAAAAGCCACUGGGAAUCUACUUCAAAGAUGCGAAUGACGGAGUGGUGGUCGACGAAGUAGCGGAAGGAGGUCAUGCCGAUGGGUUCAACAAAAGUGUCCACAAUAAAACUCGAAUUCAAUCUGGGGACCGCUUGCUGGCAACAACUGCGUUCCCUAGCGAGGGGCAGUUCAGGACUCAGCAGCCAAUCGUCUUUCCAACCAGCGGAGAAAAGUUUGAUACCGUCAUCGCUGCGAUCCAGUCGAACACUUGUGCACGAUGCUACAUCACGCUGGUGUUGGAACAUAUGCAGAGCUGAUGCCGUGCAGGCCGUUCUUGAUCAUAUCUCAAU